ACUGCACUAAUUAAAUGUCAUCUGGGUGGUUCCUCUAGGUUUUUGAGCCCAUCACCCAGUUCAGACCGAGUCAGAAGCCAAGGAGGAGAACAUGAUGAUGGACCUUUUUGAAACUGGCUCCUAUUUCUUCUACUUGGACGGGGAAAAUGUUACCCUGCAGCCGUUAGAGGUGGCAGAGGGCUCUCCUUUGUACCCAGGGAGUGAUGGUACCCUGUCCCCCUGCCAGGACCAAAUGCCCCCGGAAGCCGGGAGCGACAGCAGCGGCGAGGAGCAUGUCCUGGCGCCCCCGGGCCUGCAGCCUCCCCACUGCCCGGGCCAAUGUCUCAUCUGGGCUUGCAAGACAUGCAAGCGAAAAUCUGCCCCCACCGACCGGCGGAAAGCCGCCACCCUGCGCGAAAGAAGGAGGCUAAAGAAAAUCAACGAGGCCUUCGAGGCACUGAAGAGGCGGACUGUGGCCAACCCCAACCAAAGGCUGCCCAAGGUGGAGAUUCUGCGGAGCGCCAUCAGCUACAUUGAGCGGCUGCAGGACCUGCUACACCGGCUGGAUCAGCAGGAGAAAAUGCAGGAGUUAGGGGUGGACCCCUUCAGCUACGGACUCAAGCAAGAAAAUCUUGAAGGUGCGGAUUUCCUGCGCACCUGCAGCUCCCAGUGGCCAAGUGUUUCGGAUCAUUCCAGGGGGCUCGUGAUAACUGCCAAGGAAGGCGGGGCAAGCAUUGAUUCGUCAGCCUCGAGUAGCCUUCGAUGCCUUUCUUCCAUUGUGGACAGCAUUUCCUCCGAAGAAUGCAAACUCCCCAGCGUGGAGGAGGUGGUGGAGAAAUAACUUAGAGCCGGCGCUUGGAACAUUCUCCACGCAACAGGAAGAUCCCACCCACUCUCCUUCGCCUAAUCCUUUAGAUUAGGACACAUUACAUUAAUAUUUUAGGAACUCAAACCCAGGAGUUUAUAAAAAGGAAGGAGACAUAGUCACAAAAGAAACUUCUCGGAAACUUGUGUACACUCAGAAGAAAAAGCCCUUUGGUUUAGGGCUUUUAUUUUUGGAACAGCUAGUGGCUUGGCUCUAGCACCCUUACUUUGUUUGGUUGGUUGGUUUUGUAAUAUAUUAACUUUUAUUAAGGUGAUCUUUUAAUGCCAUGUUCCAAAGAAGUUCAUUCCUGUCUAAAGCAAAGUGAGAAAGUUGCUUUUUACUGUUAGUGUUAUUUAAUGUAUUUUUCUAAAUAAUAUUAGUACUUUCAUUUUUUAUGUAAACCUAAGAAAUAUGUUUUAAAUGUGGAAUGGCAUAUUGUAUAUAAAAUAUGCGAGGAUCCUGGCAUUGUAAUAUAUUUUUUCAAAAUGUUUCUAUA